GCUGCUCUUCCAGUAGUACAUGUUCUAAGGCCUAGAUACUACUCUUUUUGAUGUGGAGUGGCUAGUUUUUAUUAUUUCGGGAAAUAGUUUUCGUGAAUAUACGUGGACUGGCAAAUGUUAUAAAACAUUGCGCCAUAUUGAUUUUAGUUAUCGAUUAAUGCAAUAUUUUAUUGUGAUAGAUAAACUUUAAAUCACGUUUAAAUAUAGUUCACUAUGGGGUUUGAAGAUGAAACAGCCGAUUCAGGAGAUGAACAUGAUAAACCUAGAAGCAUUACACCAGAUUCACAAAGAUCAGGCAGUAAUGCAGCCAGGAGUAGAUCAAGAUCGCCCCCUUCAAUUUCAACCCCAUAUAGUCCUGCAAGAUCCAACCAAUCAUCUCCAGUGCGAAAUGGAUCACCAGCUUCCAUCCGUUCCAAUGUAAGCUCUAGAAAAUCCUACUCCAGAUCGCCAUCCAGAUCACCGUCUCGAUCGCCAAAUCGUUCUGCUUCCCCAAAUGUUAGGAGAAGUACAUCAAGAUCAUCGCUUUCUAGAUCUCACUCUCCAGAACCUAUAGAAGCAAGUGUAAGGAACGGCUCACAAUCACCAGCACAUUCGCAUCAUUCUAUAAAAUCGGGCUUUAGAUCACGAAGUUCUUCUCGUUCUGAAUCCAGAAGUUCUCAUGCAGCAUCGAGAAAUAAUUCACGUUCCCGAUCUAGAUCGAAUUCAGUAAAACCAAGUAACUCUCCAUCCAAAUGCGCCUCGCCUAAGACGAACUUCCGAUCAACCUCUAGAUCCCCUUCGCCCCGAGUAGCUUCAAAGUCUCGUUCUCAUUCUCGUUCAAGAUCGCGUUCUCGAUCUCGUUCCGAGUCUCCAAAAAUAUUAGUUCACUCGCGUUCUCGAUCGGCUACUCCUAAAUCUUACCAUUCACGAUCCCGAUCAAGAUCAGGAUCCGCUAGUCCUCAAAGGGAAAAAACUGCGUCAAGAUCAAGCUCACGAUCUCCAUCCGGAUCAAAGAAAGAUUCGCCAUUAGCAUCACCGAAUCGAUCUCCCAUUAAUAUCAGCCAGUCACAAUCAAGAUCGAAAUCACGAUCACGAUCAAUAUCGAGAUCGAGAUCCAGAUCAAAGUCCUGUCUCGAGAAUGAUUCUAGGGAAGGUUCUCCGAAUUUAAGGAAGAACUCUCAUUCUAGAUCUCGUUCCAAUUCGGUAAACAGGAAAUCUAAAUCAAGGUCUAGGUCGAGAUCAGGUUCCGCAUCUAGAAAACAAGUAGAAUCACCCGCACGAGAAGAACGAGUUUCGAAAUCCAGAUCCAAGUCUAGAUCAAACUCGAGAUCCUUGUCAGGUUCGAGGAAAGGCUCACGUUCAAGGUCGCGGUCCAGGUCACACAAAUCUGGAUCAAUAUGCAAAUCAAGAUCCGUAUCGAGAUCGCGUGACGGUUCCGUGUCUCCUGCGCGCUCGGGAAAGAAUUCGCGCUCAAGAUCCAGGUCCAGCUCGCGUUCCAGUAAAUCGAAAUCGAGAUCCCGCUCUGUCUCAAGAGCUUCACGUUCAAGGUCUCGGUCGGGGUCAAGAAAAUCCGUAUCAAGAUCACGGUCAAGGUCGGGAUCAAGAUCACGAUCUCGUUCUAGAUCAAAAUCUGGCUCGAGAUCACGUUCUGUCUCACGUUCAGUGUCAAGAUCGAAAUCGAGAUCAAUAUCAAGGUCGAGAUCGAGGUCAGGCUCGCGUUCUAAAUCGCGUUCAAGAUCAAGAUCCGGAUCAGGAGUUGCGUCCAGGCAUUCCUCGCGUUCUAAAUCACGAUCUAGAUCUAAAUCAAGAUCUCGAUCGGGCUCGGAAUCCAAAAGGUCCAGAAGUGGCAGCAGAGAUUCAGAAAGCGUAGUUAAAAAGCGCAAAAGAUUAUUGUCAGAUUCUGAUGAAGAGAUUGAUGGCGUUAAAACAAAGAAACAACAUGAACUAUCGGAUUCCGAAAAUGAGGAUGAGGGCAAAGAGAAAAAGGAUGAUGCGCAAGAGAAGGAGGGUGAAGGCCAUGAAGAUAAACAAAUAGAUGUGGAAGCUGGUGAACAACAAGAUAAUGAAGAUUCUGAUGAUGGAAUUAUCACCGGUAGUGGAAUGAGCAGCAAAUAUCUGGAUGAUACAUUGUCCGAUUUCGAUCGCAUGUUAGCACGAAAAAAAGAGGAACAAUCACGCAGGCGCAAACGAAAGGACAUUGACAUCAUUAAUGAUAACGACGAUAUUAUAGCACAAUUGUUAUCGGACAUGAAAGGUGCAGCUGAGGAGGACAGGAAAUUAAAUCAACAAAAUAAACCAGCGACAAAUAAAAUCGCCAUGUUGUCAAAAGUAUUGUCACAAUUGAAGAAACACGAUUUACAACUGGCCUUUUUGGAACACAACGUGCUGGCUGUUCUUACUGAUUGGUUAGCGCCAAUGCCUGACCGUUCACUACCAUCUCUCAAGAUUAGAGACAAUCUUUUAAAACUAUUAUGGGAGUUCCCAAAAAUCGAUCAGGCUUCACUGAAACAAUCCGGUAUUGGAAAGGCUGUGAUGUAUCUUUAUAAACAUCCAAAAGAAACGAAAGACAACAAAGAGCGCGCUGGAAAAUUGAUCAACGAGUGGGCACGACCUAUCUUUAACUUAUCCGCAGAUUUCAAAGCGCUAUCAAAAGAGGAGAGAAUGCAGCGAGACCUGGAGCAAACGCCUCAGAAAAGGAGGAAGACCGAGGAUGGAGGAUCCUUUCAAAAAUCGCAAGAUAUCAACAAAGCCUUGAAAGGAGAUGCCAAACCAUUGAGACCGGGAGAUCCUGGAUGGGUAGGAAGAGCCCGAGUUCCUAGACCAUCGAACAAAGAUUACGUUAUUCGUCCUGAUUGGAAAUCUGACAUUGACAUCAGUAGGAGUACCAAAAAACAGAUGAGUCGAUUCGAAAGACAUAUGAAAAAUUACAUGGAUAGCAAGCGAAUGAAAUCCACAAGGAGAGCAGUGGAUAUAUCUAUAGAGGGUCGUAAAAUGUCUUUAUAAUCCAUUGGUAUUAAAUUAAGAUCUUGAUAAUAUAUUAAUAUGUUACAUAUUACAGUUUCCGUAUCUAUAAUAUCAAUAGCAAUGGAUAAAAGGAAUGCACUCUUAUACUUCUUAUAUUAUCUUAUCUAUCUUACUACUCAAUGUUAGUAUUUGUAAUCAAGGAAGUGUCCCAUUUCAAAAAUUAGUUUGUAAAAUAAAGAUUUAUUGUACGAUGAUA